AUGGCCGAUUCGGAGAAUGGUUGGAAAUUCGCUCAAUGCUUUGGCGAUAAGGGCGAGGUCGAGGAAAUUACAGAAGCAGCUGAUAUUAUCUCUACUGUGGAGUUCGACCAUACUGGUGAUUAUCUUGCGACCGGCGAUAAAGGAGGACGUGUUGUAUUGUUUGAGCGUAAUGACAGUAAGAAAGGUUGUGAAUAUAAAUUCUACACUGAAUUCCAAUCGCACGAGCCAGAAUUCGAUUAUUUGAAAAGUUUGGAAAUUGAGGAGAAAAUUAAUAAGAUUAAAUGGUGCAAGCGACAGAACGCUGCUCAGUUUCUAUUAUCAACCAACGACAAGACUAUAAAACUAUGGAAAGUGUUUGAGAAAUCUUUAAAAGUAGUCGCAGAGAAUAAUCUAAGCGAUGGAAUGCGACCGCAGAACGGAAGGGUCCAGUCACUGAAGCUACCAAAACUUACGCAUCAUGACACCAUUAUCGCUGCUGUUCCUAGAAAGGUAUAUGCUAAUGCUCACGCAUAUCACAUCAACUCGAUAUCGAUCAAUUCCGACGGGGAGACCUAUAUAUCCGCCGAUGACCUGAGAAUUAAUUUGUGGAAUUUAAACAUUAGCGAUCAGAGUUUCAAUAUUGUUGAUAUCAAACCAGUGAACAUGGAAGAGUUGACUGAAGUUAUUACUGCGGCCGAGUUUCAUCCCAUUCAUUGCAAUCUCUUUAUGUACAGUAGCAGCAAAGGGACUAUAAAACUGAGUGAUAUGAGGGCAGCGGCACUUUGCGACAGACAUGCAAAGCUGUUUGAGGAGCAAGAGGACCCUGCCAAUAGAUCAUUUUUCUCAGAAAUAAUCUCAUCCAUUUCGGAUGUCAAAUUUAGCAAGGAUGGUCGAUACAUUCUUUCGCGGGACUACCUUACUUUGAAGAUUUGGGACAUAAACAUGGAUAAUCGACCGGUGAAGACGAUCAAUAUUCACGAUCAUUUACGUAAUAAACUUUGCGAUCUGUAUGAAAACGACUGUAUUUUCGACAAGUUUGAGUGUACCUUCAGUGGAGAUGGACAGAAUGUGUUAACUGGUUCAUACAACAACUAUUUCUACAUUUAUGAUCGUGAGGGGUUAUCUGACAUUUCUUUACAAGCCGACAAAAUUGCCUUUAAAACGAAAAGAGGAUCAGUAAGACAUAGAAUGCUUCGUGGAAAGAAUAUCAAGAAGGAAGAAAUUAAUGUUGAUACUAUUGAUUUUAACAAGAAGAUUCUCCAUGCAUCGUGGCAUCCAAACGAAAAUUCUAUUGCUGUUGCUGCUACUAAUAAUCUAUUCAUUUUUAC